CCAUCGCCAUGGUGCUCCUCACGAUGAUCGCCCGGGUGGCGGACGGGCUCCCGCUGGCCGCCUCGAUGCAGGAGGACGAGCAGUCUGGCCGUGACCUGCAGCAGUACCAGAGCCAGGCCAAACAGCUGUUCCGCAAGCUGAACGAGCAGUCCCCGACCCGCUGCACUCUGGAAGCCGGCUCUGUCGCCUUUCAUUACAUCAUCGAGCAGGGGGUGUGUUACCUAGUCCUGUGUGAGGCCGUCUUCCCCAAGAAGCUAGCUUUCGCCUAUCUGGAGGACUUGCACUCGGAGUUCGAUGAGCAGCACGGGAAGAAGGUGCCCACCGUCUCCAGACCCUACUCAUUCAUCGAGUUCGACACCUACAUCCAGAAGACCAAGAAGCUGUACAUUGACAGCCGCGCUCGCAGGAACCUGGGCUACAUCAAUACAGAGCUGCAGGAUGUCCAGAGAAUCAUGGUGGCCAACAUCGAGGAGGUCUUGCAGCGGGGAGAGGCCCUGUCCGCCCUGGACUCGAAGGCCAACAACCUGUCGAGCCUGUCCAAGAAGUACCGCCAGGACGCCAAGUACCUGAACAUGCGUUCCACCUAUGCCAAGCUGGCCGCCGUGGCCGUGUUCUUCGUCAUGCUCAUCGUGUACGUGCGGUUCUGGUGGCUGUGAGUGGGCCAGCGGCGGGCACGGGGCCGGCGGCGGGCACGGACUGGACCAGAACCUGCCGGGGGUGCAUUAGAAUCCAAACAGGACUCCUGCCUCCGCGGACCUCGUGAGGUCAGGGCCCAUCCGGAGGAGGGGAGGUCGGCUGUUCCUCCCUGGGUGCAGCCCACCCCUUGGUGCUGAGGCCCGGGGCGACGGGCUCUUCUUGGUCGGCGGGCCAGCUGGACGGGGUGGGGGCCCAUAGGGCGGCCUGAGGGCCCCUUCCCCGGCCACCAGCCCCUCGACCAUAUGCCCCGGACCCAUUCAUUCUGGGGGAAGGGGCUCCACUGGGGUGUAGACUAAGGAAACAGGAUGGCCACAGUCAGUUGCUUCCUCCUCCUCCGUUCUCCUUCUUCCUCCUUCCCUCCACCCUCAUUUCCCCACCUAGGCCAUUCUGGGAAGGAGCCCCAACGUGGUCUAGACUAAGGAAACUGUGAUGGCAGUGCUGAGUUCAGGCUCCUCCUCCUCCUUCUCUCCUUCCUCCAUUUCCCUCCUCCCUAAACCACACCGCUGGAAAGGAGGCCCAGUGUGGUCUAGACUAAAACUGUGAUGGCCGCAGUCAUUUCCCUCCUCCUCCUUCCUUCUUGGGUCCCUCCUCCCCCUCUUCUUCUCCCUCCUCCCUCGUUUCUUCUCCUUUCUCCUCUUCCUCCUGACCCUGGCCCCUUUAAAGAGGGCUGUCCCACUGGACGUUUUGGACUCUAAUGAACAUUCCUGGUGUCAGCGAUGUUUGUUUGUCCCAGAAUCUGGGUCUGCAAUGGCUCAUGGACAAGACUCCUGUGUGUGUGAAGGCUGGGCUGUGCACUGUACAUAUUUUACUGUCUUCUGCCCCUGCUCCCCCCCGUGAGACAUUAACUGUUCAGUUUUCCUUUUCUGACAUUUUGCUUAUUGCACAGUUGCUGUAGGGUUCAAUGAAUAUUAAAUUAAGAUGCUUCCGA